AAAAAGGAGGCAAACCCUAUCUGUGCCAACCGUGUCCUAUUCCCCUUCCUCUCGUCCUCCUCACCUCCAAGCUCCAACUACCGCCUCUGAUUCGGGCCGCCGCCGGCCAUCUCCAGCGGCAGAGGGCCAAGCGGGGGUGCAGCAGUUGGAGGGGAGCAGAUGCAUGGAGGUCUGGGAGGUGGAGGUCCUGGUGUCUAUCUCUUAUGUGCUUCCUCCGCCUCCACCCUUGCCUUCCCUGCGCCGCCUCCGCCACCAUGCCCACCUUGGCUCGCGGGAGGCGAGGAGCAGGACCGCCAGGUCAUUAAUCCCUUUUUCUUCAGGUUAGCAUACCGGGGAAUGGAGACAUCAAAGUGGGAGCAAAGGUCGUGCCCUAGAGCUGCCGCCGCGUUCUACCGUACAGUUGCCACUACCUCCGCCUCACCCUCAGCCCCUCCAAUUCUCAUACGUGUUGCUGCCAUCGCCGCUCCCUUCGCGUCCUGGCUGUCUCAACCCGUCCGCAAUUUUGGCCACUCAAGAAAAUCUGGGUGUGCCGAUCCUCUGGUGACGCGAUCUCAUGGUGAAGCUCGUCCAGUAUGGUCUAUGGAGACUCACGGAUUUGCCACUGACAUCUACGUCAAGGUCACCCUCAAGGGCAGGAGUAUCAGUGUAGGAUUACCAGAAACAGGGAAGGAGGCAGCAAAGCUUAUGAAGAAACAAAGCACUUACAGGUUGUUGUCCGGUGAGGAGGAUGAUGAUAUUGACAACCACACAUUUUAUUUUACUAAUUGUGAGUUUUUGUUACCUUUGCCUGGUGUUUCUGUUCUUCGCUAAUGAUUAACUACUCUUUGGUUGCAAAUGCAGACCCCAAGAAUUAGCUGGACCAGUGUAAUGGAAAACCUUAACCAUAAGGGUUUCAGAAUCAUGUACAAAUAAGAAGCUUUUCUUUAUUUAUGUCCAUAUAUUCUUGGGCUUGCAACUUAUAUAUAAGGUUGCGCUAAACUAACUGAAUUCCUGAGCGUGUAAUGCAAUUGUUCAUUAGAUCAUGUAGGAUCAAUUUCCUCUUCAUGCCAUCUGCAGGUCACUGGAAGAAUUUAGAAGGGCAAUUAUCAUUCUUUAAACAUGCAGUGGCCACCCUGGUUGAUACAUUUACAUUUAAACAUUGUUCCAGAGAGAUGGUAAAUUAUAGAUUCUGUCAGCUUGUCUUAGUCAUAGUAAACACCUUGUAUUUCACACACUUCUAACUUUUUCUAAAUCUUCCUUAAGUAUUUCCAGACCUGGACAAUAAUAUUCCAGGAAAUAUGCUUUGGUACUGCAUAGAGCUUUUGGAGGUGUUAUGCGAGCUUGCUGAACAUGGGUUUGCAAAAUCAGCAUGUUGGACUACCCACUGAAGUCAUUUUCCAAAUGUCUUUUUUCUUGGUGUUAGCCACAUUAAUGCAUGUUUGUCUGUUCUUAAAACCACAAAAUCUUUUUCUUCAAAUACUGCAUAGUUCUCACUAUUAUGAAACUUAUUCCUUGUUUGCAGACUGCAUAUAAUCUCCUCGAGUAUGAAGAGUCUUGUUUUUUCCUUGCUAUACUGAAGGAUGCUAAACAUAGCAGUCUAUAAAAUAUCUCUCGCAUCAACAACCCUUCACUUUUCGAGUAUUUGCUGGUGCCCAUUCUGGUAUAAGUUUUCUUUUAAGAAUCGUUGAUAUAUGUCAAGACCUAAUUAAAGGUAAUACAGUUUAGCCUAUCCUACUCUCAGAGUUGUAACAGGCCAACAUUAUUGUAGUUUUUCUAUCAUCUUUAAAUUUUAUACCUACUGUAUUUAUAGUUGCAUAUCUGUGUCCAUGCCAAGUGAUAGUUGAGUUUUAGCUAUUAUAUUUUGUCUACAUUGGACCACUAUGAAAAAAAAAAUAUUUAGUUGAAGAAACCACUGUUUUCCCUUUACCAUUUGCUAAUAAAAUCAAGUCUACAUCAGACCACUCUGCCAAAAAUAAUAUUCCACGGAAGCAACCACUAUUUGUCCUUAACUGUUUGCAAAUAGAAUUAAGCCUACAUGAAUUCAUGGUGUUGUAUUUCAAGUGCUAACUUCUUCAGAAUUAAUUAUACCAUUUGAAUAUAUUUAGAUCACAUGGCUGGUUAUUAAUCAAUAGGUUGGGUUAUGUUAGUGCUUAUUUCAUCAUCCUUUCACUUAUGAAACAGAUCCUACCUGCAGUCCUAGGUUCUAUCUGCUCCCUUAUCAUUUAGCAUCAAACUUGCUACAACUUACUUUCGAAAUGCAUGACUGAAAAGUUGAGUGCACAAAGAGGGAUUUUAUUGCGGUAUUAUAUGUGUCUUUCUGUACAACACUACAUGAUCAUGCCAGCUGUACUCUGUAGGUUCAGCGUUAAGCUCUUAACUUACAAGUUAACAUUUUGCACUCCCAGAAAUGUGUUAAAUUCUUAAAGAAAUUGUGGUCAAUACACCUUAUGAUGCUGAAGAAGCUGUCACCCAACAACCUUAAGCUACAAUCACGUAUAUUUGUUGGGUAGCUUGUCCUUUAUUUACAAAGGUCCUGCUGAGAUUCUGUUCAUGUUGUGCUUGUUUUUCAAUAUGACGGCUUCCUACUAUGGUUUUUUAGCCGAUGGUAAGAUUCUAUUCUUAUAUACAUGUAACUCCGUGAGCCUUAUAUUUAUUCUCUAUGUAAAUUCUCCUCUCUGAUUUGAUGAUGGGGUGCAUUUGAUUUUCUCAUUAUAUUUUCUCUCUUCUUGGUUUGUUACCACAAAUGUUAUGCGCCUGCAGGUUUUCUGCAAUUGACGAGUAUUUGUUAUGUUCAGUCUUACUCCCACUAGGCUUUCUAUCCUGCAUUCUCAUGUGAUAAAUUUCUUCAUGGUUAUUAAUUUGUAGGCAUGUUAUUAGUUCAUUGGCGUAGGUUCUUUCCCUUGUGUUUAAGACAUUGGGAGCUUCCUCUUUGUUUAUUAAUUGUUCAGCUCUACCUCUUAUUUAUUCGGUAGCGUGACUGGUAUGUGUACCACUUUUAGGUAGAUGAAGAAAUUUGUUUCAUCGCUUUAGGUAUUCACAUGUGUCUGAAUAACAGUUCAUAAUCUUAUGCUUAGUAUCUGGAUGUACUUAGGUCUGUAGCACAAACUGUGGAGGUCUAUGUUAAAGUGUCAUUCAUGGCCUGAGAAUUUUUUAAUGCUCAAAGAUAGUUUUCUACUGCUAGAUAGUUAAAGGAAUUCAGCUUACCUCUCUAGGUAUUCACAUGCGUCUGACUGGAAAUUUAUAUUUUGUUUUGGUGGAAGGAUUAAUAGUUACUGCCUUCUUCUUGCAGUCUAUAACGCAUCUGAAGUGUGGUUAGCGUUUUCUUCAGGAUUUACUUUCUGAUCUUUCUCUCGUAUCAUAUCAAGUACUCCCUCCGUCUAAUGAAACUUGUCUGAGAUUUGUCUAAAUUUAGAUGUAUCUAGACACCAAAUAUUAUUUAGAUACAUCCAAAUUCUAACAAACUUCCGACAUGUUUCAUGAAACGGAGGGAGUAUUUCCUUUCUUGCUUCCCUGGAAAGUAGGCACCAGAUUAAUAUCAGGUUAUUUAUUUAUGCAUUCACACAAUGACUGCUUUGAGAAAAUUAUCAAUUGAAGCUAGCUAAUGCACUAUUGCAUUAUUCAUGCCUAUUACUACAUCUGUCAAACUGAAUCAGGUUCGUUUAUAGCUUAGUACUUGGAAUAUUGCUAUUAUAUUCCUAUUUUUCCACCUUUUCCUCUCUUUAUAGUCAGCCUAUGAUAUCUGCCCCCUCUGUUCUUUAUCUGUUACACAUAGAUUUUCCUUCAAUUAGAAGGACCGGAGAAUUAGACAUGCCUAGCUAAACAUACUUGUUGGUUGCUCUAUCUUUCUGGUCUUUGUGUUCUGCUAGCCGUGCUAUACCUCUACUCCAUGUACUGAUGUUUACAUUGAUGGUCCUGUGGUGACCGUCUCUAAGACACCUCCAUUUACUGGUUAAUCAUUGUUUUUAGUGAUGUACCGAUGGAAUAGUUGAUUAUUAAUUUGAAUGCUUCAUCAGAGAGGUUCAGCACACAUGAUCUACUGGCUAAUAAUCAUUUUCAGUGAUAAUACUGAUGAGACUGGGCCAUGUUUGGCUGUUAAUUUUGGUUCAUGAUGACGGGAGCUCCAAACUCGAUUAUGCUGCCACAUCUUAACGGUUCAGUCUAUUUUUGAGAGGCAUGCCACUGAAUCUACACAACAUCUUGCAGUUAUUUCCUUGUAUGAUGUGGAAACAAAAUAAUUUCACUCUUUCCUCGUGUUCAUUGUUCAGGUGAUUACUAGGCCAAGACUCCUUAUCACCCAUUCAGAUGAUAUGGAUUUGCAGACAAAUGGCUUUCGAUGUUUGAGAAGUUGCAUCCCAAUGCUGAUCAUCAGGCUAAUCCCCAACUCAUUUUAUGCAGCAACAGGACAGCCUUUUACAGGGUUGCAGAUCAAGUCUCCAAUCCGCGUGUCUUAUUUUCAUAAUGUCUUUCAUUUGUUAUAGUCUCUCAACUAUGUACUGCAUUGGCACUUUACGUAGCCUAAUCUAUACGAUUUUCUUUAAUGGAGUUUUGUGUUAUGGAUGUUUA